AUGGCGGGAGUCUCUAGCCCAUUGAGAGACAUGGCGCGAACGGCAUGGAGGCAGGCCGAGGGCGAGGGCGUGGGAGAGAAUAAGGAGGGGAGAGUCUGGAACUUCCAGGUCAACAAGGUUGAGGUGAGGACGCUACGCCGACUAGAAGAGCUCGGACGCGACCGCGAGAAUCGCUCACGCUGGGGGCCACGGGUCAAAGAUCUCCAGAUCGAGAUUCAGCCCAAUCACGGCGGGACAGACGGGCGGAUAGGCUCUGCAGCGCGAACCUCUGGAUGGUUCUGCUUGUUUCAGGGGCAUGGGCUCGGUGGUUGUACUCCACCCGCGGCUAUCCCAAUUUAA